AUGAAACGAGCAGAAGUAGCAAUCAUUGCAACACCCACCAUGGGCAACCUUCUUCCCACCAUAGAGUUUGCAACCCACUUAACCAACCACCCUAACCACCAUAUCUCCGUCACAAUCCUCACCAUCUCCAUGCCUCAAUGGCCACUCAUCCAUAACUAUCUCCAAUCGCACACAUCCACCGAUCUCAUCCGCUUCAUCCACCUCCCCCCUCCCGACACACCACCCCCAAAUCACUACACCUCCAUCAUCGAAUAUCUUUCACUCUACAUACAAAACCACAAACCCAUUGUCCAACAAACCAUCGAAAGCCUCUCCGUCCCACUCGAUGGCUUUUUCGUCGAUAUGUUUUGCACUUCAAUGAUUGAUGUCGCCAAUGAUUUAAACAUUCCUUGUUACUUGUAUUUCGCGUCACCCGCCGCUUAUCUUAGCUUUGUACUCCACCUCACAACUUUACCUGUAGACUCGGUAAACCAGGAAGCCGAGGAAAGACAGUUAAUAGUACCGGGUUUUCAAAACCCGGUUCCAUCAACUGCCUUUCCGUUAUUUUGUAUCAAUAAAAAAGAACGUGGUUACUCGUGGUUUGUACGUCACGCGCUUAGGUAUAAAGAGACCAAGGGUAUAGUUGUAAAUACGUUCCGGGAGCUUGAACCCUACGCGCUUGACUCUUUGUGUUCUAAUAAUAGUUUGCCACCGGUUUAUCCUAUUGGACCGGUAGUUGACCAUGUUGGACCGGUUAAGUGGCAUCCUAACCGGUCCAUGCAUGAAAAGGUCAUCCGGUGGUUUGACCGGCAGCCAGAUUUUUCAGUUGUUUUCUUGUGUUUUGGUAGCAUGGGGAGCUUGAACAGGGCUCAGGUGAGGGAAAUAGCAACCGGUCUGGAGCGAACCGGGUACCGGUUUUUGUGGUCGUUACGUGAACCGGGCAAGACAAAAAUAGAGCUUCCAAAUGAUUAUGAGAAACUUGAAGAGGAUUUGUUUCCAGAUGGGUUUAUUGAUCGGACGGCCGAGAUUGGAUUGGUGUGUGGGUGGGUGUCACAGGUGAGUGUGCUGGCCCACAAAGCGAUUGGUGGGUUUGUGUCACAUUGCGGUUGGAACUCGAUCUUGGAGAGUAUAUCGUACGGCGUGCCGAUUGCCACGUGGCCGUUGUACGGAGAGCAACAUCUGAAUGCGUUUGAGAUGGUUAAAGAGGUUGGAUUGAGUGUGGAGAUAAGGUUGGGUAAGGGUGGUGAUCUAGUGUUGGCGGAUGAGGUUGAGAAAGGUGUGAGGGAGUUGAUGGACAGUGGAGAUGGUGAGUUGAGAAAAAAGGUUCAAGAAAUGAGUGAGAUGAGCAAAAUGGCUUUGUUGAGAAAUGGGUCUUCUUUUCAAGCUCUAGAGACUUUGAUGGGCAAUCUUUUAUCCAAAGUUUAA